GCGGGCGCCUGCGCGCGGCGGCGGCGGCGGACGGGAGCGGCCAUGGCGAAACACACCGUGUCCUCGGCGCGGUUCCGCCGGGUGGAUGUGGACGAGUACGACGAGAACAAGUUCGUGGACGAAGAGGAUGGAGGUGACGGGCAAGCGGGGCCCGAUGAGGGCGAGGUGGACUCGUGCCUGCGGCAAGGAAACAUGAUGGCUGCUCUACAGGCAGCUCUGAAGAACCCUCCUAUCAACACAAAGAACCAGGCAGUGAAGGAUCGUGCAGAAAGCAUUGUCCUGAAGGUCCUCAUCUCUUUCAAAGCUAACGACAUUGAGAAGGCGGUGCAGUCGCUGGACAAGAACGGUGUGGACCUGCUGAUGAAGUACAUCUACAAAGGCUUCGAGAGCCCCUCGGACAACAGCAGCGCUGUGCUGCUGCAGUGGCACGAGAAGGCCCUGGCUGCAGGAGGAGUAGGGUCCAUCGUCCGCGUUUUGACUGCCAGGAAGACGGUUUAGAUCCAGCAGCGAGCGGUUGUCUGCCAUCCACGGCGUGGGACGUGCUGGUACAAACCCCAAACCACCAAAUGCCAUUGCUGCCCCGUGGGCAGCGCCUGUCUCUCAGCUUGCCUUCUCGCUGCUUCUUUCAUACCUGACAAGUAAUGCAUAUCGUGAUCUCUUUGUGGUUAAAGUCUGGAAAAUUACCGAGGUGCAAUUUUAUUUCUAACAGGAAUCUUUGGUACUGGCCAACAUUUCAGUGACACGUAGAGCGACGCAGACAGCUUCGUGUUUAGGGUGAUUCGCAUUGGUGUAUAAUCUUGGCAGAUUUGGACCCGACUUUCUGAGCAAAUGCUGAGGGACGUAGGGCAAUGUCUUAAUUCUUUUUGCUAGCCGAGCAGUGUUUCUCCGUAAGGUCUGUAUUGGAGAAGUGGGGCAGCUAUUAAUCACGGGUAACUGGACCAUGUUUCCUUUGGUCAACCUCUGAACCUACAGCCGUGAACAGGACAGAAGGCAAAGGCUCCCUUCCAAGCCCAGUUACCAUUCCAGAGAGCCGAGUACCUUCCUGGCCUCCCCUCUCGCGGCCUGUCUGGGUUCCUCGUGGUCAGGCAGAUGCUGGGUCUGCAGUGGGAAAGUCACAAUGGGAUGAAGUUGUCCGUCGGGAUGAAGUUGUCCGUCGUGAAAUUGGGAGGGGAGAAUUUGAAAGGUUGAUGGUCCAUUUAUGCUGGAGCCCAGCCCAGUGAACUCUCUUUAUUUUGGGGAGCCAAGAUCCUGAAGAGAAAAAGCAGCAGCGGCAGCUUUCACACAGCAAGUCACCUUUCAGCAACUUGAAAGUUAUUUGAUUUUGUCAAGCACAACAACGUGGCUGCCUGGGGUAACCGGAGGAAGGUGUGCUGGUAUCCACACAAUCCUUCCAGAGCUCCCAUGCUUUGUUUCCUAGAUCUGUAGGGACAGUUCACAUUCCUGUUGCUUUGUGCUGCAGCAUGUUAGGGGUUCCAAAAUAAAGAGGAGUACUUUAAAAAGAAUUAGGAAAGCCCAGGGCAUCCCAGACCACAGCUCACCAUGUAAGGUUUAGGGCCAGGACUGAAAUCCAUGUGUUUUUACAUUCACCAUUUUACUGCAGUUCAGUCGUGUAAAACUGUUGAGAAACUUGUGAAAUCUUUGCUGUUUUUUGAUAUCUGCUUUUUGGUUUUGUAUUAAUAAUAAAGACCAGACAAUAAAUCGUCACUGAAUAUUUA